GAUUGUGUGUGUGUGUGUCUGUGUGUGUGCGUGUGUAUGAGAGACAGAGAUGGGGUGGGCGUACGAGGUUUAGAGGUGAUAAAAGGGUGAAGGAAGUAAUACAGGCAGAUCCACGGACAAAAAGGCAGGAAGAGGGUUUUGGAGGGAUCGCUAUAAACAAACAAAGCCAUGCCUGAGCCCCAGAAGCCAGAUGAGAAGGAGAUGCCUGAAGAAGAGGAGGAACAGGCACCAGGGGAGGAUGCCCAGUCGACCGAGCUGUCCGGACUGUUUGUGCUGAAACCAGAGAGUGCCACAGCAAUUAAAGGCAAGGACAUCACGUUUGUGGCUAAAGUGGACUCUUCAACUUUACCGAGGAAGCCGACCUUGAAAUGGCUGAAGGGGAAGUGGCUCGACCUUGGCAGCAAAGCUGGGAAACACCUGAAGUUUAAGGAGUCGUAUGACAGGAACACCAAGAUCUACACCUACGAGAUGAGCAUCAUCAAAAUAGUAGAUGGAGACGCAGGUGGCUACCGCUGCGAGGUCACCUCCAAGGACAAGUGCGACAGCUGCACGUUCGACGUCUCAGUGGAGGCCUUACAAGAGGAGCAGCAGGACAACAUCUUGGAGGCCUUUAAGCGAUCUGGAGAUGCUGAUGAGGACGCUGGAGAUCUUGACUUUAGUGCACUGCUGAAGAAAAGGGAGAAGAAAAAACAAGAACCCAAAGAACCUGAAGUGGACGUAUGGGAGAUCUUAAAAGCAGCCAAGCCAUGUGACUAUGAGAAGAUUGCCUUUCAGUAUGGUAUCACGGACUUUACGGGAAUGUUGAAGAGGCUGAAGAUGAUGAAAAAGCCCAAAGAGCCUGAGAAGAGUGAUGCUUUCAUCCGGAAGCUGGAGCCAGCGUACACAGUUGACAAGGGCAAGAGAAUGCAACUCUCCGUGGAAGUAGCUGAUCCCAAUGCUCAGGUCCGUUGGUUCAAAAAUGGACAGGAAAUUAAACCAUCAGCCAAGUAUCUGUUUGAGAGUGUAGGCAAUAAGCGGACCCUCACUAUCAACAAGUGCAAUCUCUCGGAUGACGCAGCAUAUGAGUGCGUGGUCGGAGAGGACAAGUGCUUCACAGAAGUUUUCGUCAAAGAGCCUCCGAUCACCAUCACCAAGCUUUUAGAUGAUGUCCUCACUGUUGUGGGUGAGAAGGUUGAGUUUGAGGUGGAAGUGUCAGAGGAAGGAGCCCAUGUCAAAUGGAUGAAAGAUGGCGUUGAGCUGACCAGGGAAACUGCUGGGUCAAAGUACAGGAUUAAAAAAGAUGGGAAGAGACACAUGCUGAUCAUAAAUGAAGCCACUAAAGAGGAUAUCGGAAUGUACUACGCAGUCACCAAUGGUGGAGAGUCGAAGGCUGAGCUUGAUGUUGCAGACAAGGAGCUGGAGGUCCUGCAGAGCAUUGCUGACCUGACAGUGAAGUCUGCUGAGCAGGCUGUAUUCAGGUGUGAGGUGUCAGAUGAAAAAGUGACUGGAAAAUGGUUCAAGGAUGGCGUGGAAGUCCAGCCCAGCAAACGCAUUAAAAUAACACAUGUUGGAAGGGUCCAUAAGCUGACCAUUGAUGAUGUGAAGUCGUCAGACGCUGGAGAUUACACCUUCGUCCCUGACGGCCAUGCCAUUUCUCUCUCUGCAAAACUGAACUUCCUGGAGAUCAAGAUUGAAUAUGUUCCAAGACAGGAUCCCCCCAAAAUCCACCUGGACACCAGUGGUGGCAACAAAAACAUCAUCACUGUGGUGGCAGGAAACAAACUUCGCCUUGACGUGGAGAUCACAGGAGACCCGGCGCCCACUGUUUGCUGGAUGAAAGGCGAUGAUGUGGUGAACGCGACAGAAGGGCGGGUCCGAGUGGACGCAAGAAAAACUCUGAACACCCUGGUAAUAGACGGGGCGGAGAAAAGCGACGAGGGUCUGUACACCAUCACUGUCGCAAACCCUGCAGGCGAGGACAAGGCCGAGGUCUUCAUCAGGAUUGUGGAUGUACCUCAUCCUCCUGAGAAUGUCAAAUGCACAUCAGUUGGCGAGGACACUGCCACAAUCAUAUGGGACCCCCCUCCGUAUGACGGCGGCGUUCCCAUUAAAGGUUACCUAAUGGAGAGGAAGAAGAAGGGCUCGUCCAGAUGGACCAAGCUCAACUUUGAUGUUUACGAGUCCACCACAUACGAGGCUAAGAAGAUGAUUGAAGGCGUGGCUUAUGAGAUGAGAGUGUUUGCAGUCAACGGCAUUGGCGUCUCCCAGCCCAGCUCAAACUCAAAGCCCUUCAUGCCCAUUGCGCCCACUAGCGAGCCCACUCGUCUAAUGGUGGAUGAUGUGACAGACACUACCUGUGCACUCAAGUGGCUUCCUCCAGAGAAAAUUGGAGCCGGAGGCAUCGACGGUUACAUCAUUGAGUACUGCAAGGAAGGAAGUGACCAGUGGGUGCAGGCUAACCAAGAUCUGGUGUCUAAGAACCAGUACAGAGUCAAGGACCUCCCAGUGGGUGAGAAGAUGCUGUUCCGUGUUACUGCUGUCAACAUUGCUGGUCGAAGCCCACCGGCCAUGACCUCUCAGGCUGUCACCAUGAGAGAGAUAGUGGAAAACCCUAAGAUCCGCCUGCCUCGCCAACUGAGGACCAAGGUCAUCAGGAUGGUGGGUGAAAAGGUCAACCUCGUCAUCCCUUUCCAGGGUAAACCACGUCCCAUUGUGACCUGGUUCAAAGAUGGCGUCGCCCUGGAUGACAAGACCGUUGGCACCCGUACCAGUGAAGUGGACACUAUUCUGUUCAUCCGCUCAUCGGAGAGGAGACACUCUGGAAUCUACACACUGUGUGUUCAGAUCGAGAACAUGUCAGACAGCGCUGACAUUCACAUUCAGGUUGUAGAGAAACCGGGGCCUCCUAUCAACGUGCGUGUCACUGACGUGUGGGGUUUCAACGCUGCACUGGAGUGGAAGCCUCCCAGCGACGACGGCAACUGUGAGAUCAUCGGCUACACCAUUCAGAAGGCCGACAAGAAGACUACGGAGUGGUUCACGGUCUACGAGCACAACCGCAGGCCCAGCUGCACUGUGUCUGACCUGGUCAUGGGAAAUGAGUACUCCUUCCGAGUGUACAGCGAAAACAUCUGUGGCCUCAGCGAAGAGCCCGGCCUCAGCAAGAACACCGCCAUCAUUAACAAAACAGGUUUGACCUUUAACCCUCCACCCUAUAAAGAACAAGACAUGAGCAGAUCCCCAAAAUUUACAACGCCUCUGAUGGACAGAAGCGUGAUUGCAGGUUACUCAGCUGCGAUCAGCUGUGCUGUCCGAGCCCACCCAAAGCCAAAGAUCAUUUGGAUGAAAAAUAACAUGAUCAUCGGUGAAGACCCCAAGUACCUUAUGCUGAACAACCAGGGGGUUUUGACCUUGAAUAUCCGCAAGCCAAGUCUGUUUGACGGGGGCAGAUACAGCUGCAGGGCCAUCAAUGAUUUGGGUCAGGAUGAGGUGGAGUGCAAGCUGGAAGUCCGAGUUGCGCAAGAGAAAGUGGAAGCCAAGAAAUGAGCGACGGACAAAACAACAGAAGAAACAGUUGAACAGCAACAGUGAUGGAUGAUGUGUAACAGAGUAGUCAUGAAUAAAUAUCAUUAGACUAGAUCAUUGAUGACAACUCCCAUAUGCUCGUCUCCUUCAGCUCCUUAAAUUCUAAACCCUUACAGCAGGCUGUCAGACUGUCACCUCCUGACUGAGCGACGCCCCAGAGUAGUGUAGUAGCUGUGCCCGACUGUGACCGCCCUCACCCUGGAUCCUUCUUAUCUGUGAACUGGACCUGUUUCUGAGCACUCUUAUAAAGCAGCCUGUCAUCCA